AUGACAAUAGUGAGACGUUUUCAUCAACAAAACAACAUUGUUAACAGUGCUGCUGCUGUUGACACUACUUUUUUAUUGCCCGAUGAUUUUUAUCGUGCAAAGAACAUGUCAUUUAGUGAAAUGGAACCAAAAGCUUCAGUUAUAAUGCCGUUAAAUGAUCCAGAGAUGCAUUAUACUUAUUAUGAAGGUGAUAUGAUGAUACAAGAAAGUGAUGAGAAAAAGAUUUCAUUGUAUACGGCGAAAAGAUGGCCUUAUGGUCGUAUUCCUUAUGUUAUGGAAAAUAAAUUUACCGAUGAUGAACGAGCUGCUAUUGCUCGAGGUAUGAUGAUACUACAAGAAAGGACAUGUAUACGUUUUGUACCGAAAAAACCAAACGAUCAUGAUUACGUGCUCAUCAAACGUGGUCCAGGAUGUGCGGCACAUGUCGGUAAAAUUGGUGGACAACAAUGGGUAAUACUUGGACAAGGUUGCUAUGGCAUCGAAACGGUUACGCAUGAACUAAUGCAUUCUGUGGGUUUCAUUCAUGAACAAUCACGCCCAGACAGAGAUGAACAUGUUGAAAUUGUUUGGAACAAUAUUAAACCAACCGCUAAACGAAAUUUUCGUAAACAUGAAUCCGAUUAUUUGGCUGAUAAUGGAUUUCCUUACGAUCUAAUGUCUGUCAUGCAUUAUCGUCAAUAUGCAUUCUCAAAGAAUCGUAAACCAACCAUCCUUCCAAAACGUCCUGUGCCCUAUUUACGAUGUCGAGGGCUUGAUUGUCCAUCCGAAUUAGAUAUAUCUAAAAUUAAUUUCCUUUACAAAUGUCAUAAGAAAGAUGAUUUUGAAGAUAAUUACAUCGAUGAUGCCAUUGAUGAUAAUGAAAUUGAUAUUGAUGAAAAUACAUUUGAAUCAAAUAACCAUAAUCAUCGACAAAUUAAUCCACAUUUUAAUCAAUUUGGUCAUCAUCAUAGAAAUCAUUUUAGGAAUUAUAAUAAUCAAUUACCUCAAGAAAUGCAACCGAUCGCUGAUACGUCACCACCAUAUGCACAACGAAACAGACUUCGCCAUCUAUUACUUGAUUCACCUCGAUCAUCGAUUGCCCAUUUUAAUUCUCCAAAUAUACCUUAUGUUUCAAUGUUUCAUUCAUUCAUUCCAACCACUCUGAUUUAAUAUGGCAAGAAUCUAUAUUUUUAUAUUAAUUGAUUGAGAGUAGUUCGUUUGUAAAUAUAUGCAUGCAACUACACACUUAUAAUUAGGUUCAUAUAUAUCUUUUGUGUUACAAAAUUUUGUA